ACAUGUAACAUUCUGUGUGUAAAAUGUAUGUACAUUCAUACUACAUGAAUUCAGAGACAAGAUACAUAAUGGACGUGACAUUGGAUAUUCGCCGUAGUAGACUAGUGGCAGAGAUGAGGUACAGACAUAGUGUUUAUAUAGAAGAAGGUAUCAUGUUUGGCGGUAAGAAAUAUACCGAAAUAUACCGAAGAUAACCGAAGUGCACCGAAGUAAAUGAUACCGAAGAUGAUAUAGAGUGAAAUUGAAAUAAUUACGGCCAUUUUAAAAUUUAACUUGAUCAAUGUUGGAAGAGGAGUGCCUUCUUUAGUAUCACAUAUUAUUUUGCAAAUAGAAUAAGUUAGCGCUAUUUAUAGCGCUAGAGUUAUAUUUUUUAUAUUAAUAGUUUAUUAAAAAGAAUGAGGUAAAGUAAAGUAUAUUAAAUUCUAAAAGACACUAGCAUCAUAUUUGAAUCUUAAAUAACUUCAUUAUUUAUAUCUUCAAUGAGUUUGGAAUAUUACAAAUUAUGGUUGUAAAUUGGAAACCUUUCCACACAGAUCUUUCAUCAAAAGAAGAUCGAAGAUUCUGUCAAAAGCUGAGUAUAGAAAACUUAAAGAAUAGAGAGAUGCGCGGUUUAUUACGAAACGACAUCACGAAAGAGUCUCUAGUUCAUUGUGGUUUCACGAACAAUUUUUGCAUUUGUCCCAGGCUUCCAAACCUUGGGAAUAAACUGCAUCACAUAAUUUCUGCAUAAUACACUGACAAUCAGGCUGUCAUCAUGUUUGUCAAAUUACAAUGAACUGUCAUUAUGCUUGUUGAAAAUCACCUUGACAUUAUGCAAUAACCGUGAAUUUUGAUGAUCUUUAUUAGUAUUUUGAUAUCUAGUAUCAUGAAAUUAUCAUGUAACUUAUAAUUAUAUCGAUAACUUUCCUGCUCUGCAUUGUUAUUUACAGAAGCUUCCGGGUGUAGUCCUUGUCCUUUUGGUAUCGAUUGUAUAUUCAGGUCGUGAAAGCCUCGAAGAUUUCUAUCUCCAUUCAAAUGUUUAAAUAUCACUUUCACUGUUCGAUAUGAUCAAAUGAUUUAUCUACGUUGAAUAAAACAAAGCAAUGAUUAGCAUCUGUAUGUUUUGUAGUUCUGACGGAAUCUGUAAUAGAAGCUUCAACGGAAGUGAUACGUUGAAUCUAUUUGAAACAUUUGAUACUUUCUAAAAGGAACAAAAUAUAUCUCGUGAUGUUCUUAGAAUUCGCAAGAGGAGGAAGAAUGCCAGAGGAAGUAGUCUAUGAACUUACGUUACGUACAUGCUUCCGUUAUUAGUUGUAAAUAACGGGUGAAAGCGCACACGUGUACACGUUUAAUUAUUGUAGGACAAAAAGCAAUUCUGGGGAGCAAUUGGUGAAGGAGGAUAAUCAAUAAAGUAUUGUUGCGUCUUGACGGUCCCGUAAUGGCGGUUAUUAAGUUACGGAUGAGAAGUAGCAGCUUCCGAUGCCGAAGAUUCACGUAAAGUAUUAUAGAAAAGUGGGAAACGUUGUAGACAAGAAAUUAUACAGCAGAGUGAAAUAAUUAUAACAAUUAUGUUUGAAAGGCAAGGAAAGAUAAAAAUUAAUAAUAGUACUUAUACUAUAUGCAUAUAUUAGUAAUAGUCUUAUAACAGUUUGUAACAAUUCUAUGUAAAAAUAUCGUAGUAGUAUAGGUAAUAUCUACAAGAAGAAGAAAUUUAUGAUAAGCAUACUUAUGUAUUUUUCGUAUAUAUUUUCUAUGUAUAUUUAUAAUUUUCCUAACUUGUAAUUUAUGUAAAUUUCAUGGUGCAUCGAGAUAUUAUUACAAUUACACUACGAAUACGAGGACAGAAAAUUAUCUGGACAAUUACCCUGUAAGACAAGGGGAAAAUUAAGCAGGCGACACGACGGGCAAAAUUGUAUUGUUUAAGGUGCUGUGACUUCCAUUUUCCGGUUUCUUGCGAUGAUUUAAUUCAUAAGACGUCUGUGACAAUUGGAACCUGAUUCGACAGAAAUGAGCAGCUUUAGAAGAAUGUAAGAGGUGCUUUACUUCAUCGAUCGAAUUGGGAACAUACGGUUGCUUGGAUGUUCUGCAGACGAAGAAAGUAAUGGUUAUACACUAUCGUCCAUAAGUUUAGGGUCACGCCUACAAUUCUAGCAAUAUUACCAGUUUACUAGUACGAUAUAGUAUCACUUAAGUUUGCGAGAAACAGUGUUUUUUAGUUUCUUUUAAAAAUCUCUUAUAUCUCUAUUUCAAUACUUUAUGUCUUAAAAAAGGUACUUGAACAAAGUCACUUCAAAUUGACAAUUUAGAAAAAAUGAAGCCCCAGAAAAAUUUUCUCUUGAAAUUAAAAAAUUAGAAUUUCAAGCUAACUUACUCUUAAAAGUCAAUUUAAAAGAAUGAAAAUUCCUUUUUUGAAAUGAAGAAACUAGAAGUUAGGAUAUAGAUGCUUCUUAGAAGUUAUCUUUAAGGGACUAAAUCAUAGAAAUCUUUUUUAUAAAUUCAUUUGUCAUAUAUACUAAACAAUUUUGCAUGAAACGAAGCAGAUGAUAGCAUUGUACUUCUGGACGAUAGUGUACUAUAGCCGCGCGAAGGAAGAAAGUUCGGUUCGGGCAUCAUACAAGGAAGAGCAUACAUCUCGAGCAUUGUGGUAGUUUGAAUCCGCUCAUGUUCCUUAAAAGGAAACAGAUAAGCCGAUUGAAACUCGUUUUCGAUGGUGAGCGGAGAAAGGACGAAUGGUGAUCGCGUUUUCGUUGCCUCGAGCCACUUGAAAAAUAUUUUACCGGCUAACUACUUACGUAGUAAAAACUAACCGGAAAAGAGAUUUCUAUCAAUUGUCGGUAAAAAUCCCAACAAAAUGGAAAACAAAUGCAGGUUCCAGUUGAGGAAGGCGUCAAGAGAAGACAGAAGUGGGUUCGGAACCGACGUUCACCGUCCUACCUGUUCGUCUCCCACCUGGUCUAUGCCUGAGGAACUCUUCCCCGACCGGAGAAGUAAAACUCUCAGACGUUUUCCGAUCUCCAACAGUCCCGAACUCGUCCUCGUCAACGUGUGAACUUGUGUCAGCUAAGCAGGUCUGACGCGUCUUCGCUAUUGUCCUCUUGUUUUCGUUUCUCCGCUAACACGAGAAAAGCUCGACUAUUCUUUCUUUUGAUAAAACGACUCGAGAACCUUGUUUUCCCUUUGAACAACGCUUUCGUUUUGAUCAACGAAACGAUUUCGUUCUCCGAACAUAUUUCCAAGAUAUACCUAUCUUUCCUUUUUUUCGUUUAAUUUGUAAAUCAUGGUUGAAUUUGUAAAUUAACUGAUUCGUUGUAUUUACGAAGAAAGGAGAGAUAUACACGAUAUUUGUUUGAGGGAAGUUUACAGAACGAGGAAGCAGUGUAAAAUUAUUUGGUUUAAUAAGCCUGCUGUAACUUUGUAAGUAAAUUUGAAAGUCGACGGAUAUUGGAGAAGAAAGAAGAAAGAGACGUAGUGGGGUGUCGAUGUUCCGGUGGUGAAGUUCUUAGAAAAAGGCAAACCGUGUGUGAACGCUGCUCGAUAAUCGAAGAGAAAGGAGGAUCGUUGACGUAAUGAGGCGGAGGAAUGUUUUGUGCUUCCUGUGGAUCACCGCGAUCCUGAGGAUACAAGGUUUCGUUGCUGCCGAAGCUGACCCGGCGAUUCUCUCAGGGACCGACUUGGCUCAGUUCCAACAGAGUCAUCCGUCGCAUGACCCACGGCCUCGUCUCUCAGCUUCUCAACAGGCUCAAAUAUUGAGCGACGUUCAGCAACACCAGCAACGUUUCCGUCGACCCCAAGACGUGAUCAGUUCUCGAGGAUCCUUCGACCAAGUUGCCUCCAAGCCGCAAACCAGCGCGUCUUACCCAUCCUUGGCCAAAUACAAAGUAGAUCGUGCAAAACAGCAACAACUUCAACAGCUGUAUCAACAGCAACAACAAGUACAGCAAUUGAUACAAGAACAGCAACAAAAAAUAGCUCAACAACUCAGCAAUCCAAACUACUUGAACGCUCAGACUCAAUUCCAAUCUCAACCAGCCAAACAACAAUUUCCACAGCAAUUUAGUAGCCAGUAUCAGAACACCAAUAGCCACUUUCAGAACCUUCAGCAAGACUUGUCACAACCUUUGUUCAGCGAUCGACAGACGUUACAGCUGCAAGAAUAUCUAGAGAAGCAACGUGAGUUGGAAUUGGUGCAAAAGCAAAGGCAACAAUUAUUAUUGGAACAACAGGAGCUGCGAAGGCAGCAGGAGCUUCUGAGACUCCAACAGCUUCAGAAACUCACGUCGACUACUCCUUUGCCAGUUCCUGUCACUUCUGCCAGCACGAUUGCUGUCAGUACUGCAACGUCUCCUGUUCUCGUAUCGCUACCAACAGCGAGAAAAAUCACUUCAUCCGAAACAGAUCUGUUCCUGAAAGCGAUAGCUACUCAUCAGAAGAAGUUCUCUACGACCACACCAAUUCCACCCACAACAACGACAACUGCGAGGACCACAACGACCGUCAAACCGACCAUCGUCACUGCAGUCUCUCCCAGAACGUACCAAGAAAAGGUAACAGUCACUCCCACUAUCCCAGAGAAUUUAUUGAGCUUGAUACAGGAGCAGCAGAAUCAGUUUGUGCAACAGGGUAAGCCAAAGCCUCAGAUCAAGGUUAUAUAUCAGACUGAGAAGCCAGUAACCUCGAAGACCGUCACGACGAAGACCAGGUCUGCUUCCUUAGGAUCGGAAAGAGACGUUUUGUUGAAACAACUGAAGCUGGCUCUGGCUCAAUCUAUCGACGAUGACGUGAGGAACGUCAGUACCAGGGACAUAGUUCUUCCUAACGGAAAGAAGAUUCAAUUAAUUGAUUCUUCAAGCAGCUUAACGUCUAACCUUCCUACCGAUGGAUCCACUUUGACUAUGUCUACUUUGGCGCUGACUACUUCGACGACGACUAUCAAGCCACCGAAAGCUAUUUUCGAAGAGCUGACUAGGGGUGUGCUUCCUCCUGGAGCUGACUUUGAGGUUAUUAGACAGAAGAGCGACGGAAAGCUGGAGGAAAUUGGAAAAGCACCGAUUCAGAGUCUACCAGCGAAGAAGGUGACGUUUGUGGUAUUGGAGGAGCAACCUGAUGGCAGUUACAAGGUGCAAGGGGUGAAAGGGAACGCGGAGAAAGAGGGAAGCGAGGUCGAGUCUAUCGUGGAGAAGAUAAAGAAAGGAGAGUUAAAGUUGCCACCGAGUUCUUCGAAUCCGACGACUGUGACUUCGCUUCAGAAUUUCGGGUCCGGCUUGGAUCCAAAUUCUAUUUCGACGAGGCAGAGUGUGACAGCCUCGAGUCAAAGUAUCGCGUCUACUAGCCCUAGAUCGACUACUCCGAGGUCUACUUCUAUUUCGUCGAGGUAUACGGAGAGCAAACCGACAGAAUAUUUCCCUCACGUGACAAUUUCACCAAAUUCCGUGCCCACGACGGACAAAUAUCUGUCCUCGGCAUCGAGCGUCACCAGCCACGUGUACAAUUCACUUGGAACCGUAAACACAACCCCUAAAUUGACCUCCUUGGAUCACGAUAGUCGAUUGACAUCGAAAUAUCCAAGUGUAACAAGGAGUCACUUCAUCCCGACCAUGGCUCCGGUCAAUGAAAUCAUUACAACGACACUUCCAUCGGUGCCGACGACUUUCUCGCAUCAGUCGACCAAUUCCUACAUUCACUUCACCACCAGGCCGACCGGUGAAACUUCGCCGACCCUCAAGACGAUCCCGACCACCACGAGGCCAUCGACCACCUUACACAACGAGAAUAUAAUCUAUCAGGACAGCUUUGAAAGGUCCACCGUCUCAUCGGCGAUCGAAUCACCUUCAACCAGGAGUCAGAUACACGAGAGUUUGAACACGUUGUUUAGGAGGGAAGGAUUGUUCGCCAUGGCGAAAUAUUUGAGGCAGUCGGGUUUGGACAACGUGUUGAACGAAACUGGGCCGUACACAAUAUUUGUCCCGACAGACAAAGCUUUCAGGACGCUUUUGGUGCAACUUGGUGGUCCAGAAAAGGCAGAGCAAAAGUUCCGAGAUAAUCCACGACUUCUUAGCGGGUUACUGCUGCACCACGUGAUACCAGGAGCCUUCAGGAUCGAUUCGUUGCAAGAUGAAAUGACUGGCGUUAGCUUAGCUGGAACGCAAUUAAGAGUGAACGAAUACGCAAUGCACGACCAUGAAUGGAACGACAUCAAGCAGGUGACAACGAUAAAUGGCGCGAAAGUGGCAUCGAAUAAACGGGACAUCGAGAUACCACAGGGUGUCGCCCACGCCGUUGAUAGGGUGAUGUUUCCUCUUCCGGUUGGCGAUUUGGUGCAAACGUUGCAGGCUGACCGCGAGAGAAGAUUCACCAACUUCCUUAAAAUGCUUUACAUCUCGGGUCUUCAAGAUACUUUAUCAGGACCUAAAACUUUCACCGUUUUCGCACCAACGGACUCCGCUUUCGAAUCAUCUUCGAAGGACGGAGCACCGGUUUGGACGGAAGAAGACGGACCAGAAGCUGCGAAAACGAUUGUUUCGAGACACGUGAUUCCAUCUACCCUAUAUACAGCUGGUAUGAGGUAUUAUUUGCAAAAGGAUACCCUUCGUCCUCAGUCACCUGUUCAUAUUCACAAAAAUGGUGGUCGAGUACGAGUGAACGAGGCACAUGUCGUAACACAUAAUAUACCAGCAACAAAUGGAGUUUUGCACGCAAUUGACGGCAUACUAUAGCCACUACAACAUUGGUUACAUUCAGUUUGAAAAGUUAGGCGUCUUAAGAGGAAAUGCAUAUGUCAGUCACAGUACACGAAAAAUAUUUAUAUUCUUAUACUUAUUACUUCUUUGCGAUUUGCUAAAGAAAGAUAUAAUAAUAAUCUUAGACUAGGUUUGCACUACGUGAUAAUCUAAUAAUAAUUUAUGAAUAAUAUACUAGCCUAAUAAACGUUCUGUUUUUAGAAAUAUGUAGCGACAAUGAAGAAAAUAAAAUUUUAGUAAAAGGAAAAAGAAUUUUUAACGCUUAGGAAUUAUUGCAGUAAAUCGCAAAGAAUUAAAGUAUCCGUCUCAAAAAGAUCAUAAUUGAGACAAAAACAUAGGUAUCUCGGGAAAGGAAGAAAAGAUAAAUCUCUAGAACUAUCAUUAAGUUCAACAAUAAGGAUAAAUCGACAGGAUUUGCCAUAGAUGUUGUGAAAUUUCAUAAAUGUAACGAGGUCUUUUUUAAGGCAUAAACAAAUAGAAAGACUAAUUUAUAUAACAUAGAUGCGUGUUAAUCGCUCAUGUUGCUACUCAAGCUAUACGAGCCACUAAGUGCGAAAAAUUAAUUGCCCAAUUGUAUAGAAUGGUAACGCAAUACCAUAAUUAGUAUUAUUAUAGUAUGUAUUAUUUUAUAAAUAAAUGUACAGUCUAUGUUUUUUCAUAA